AUGCACAAUUGUCCUGAAUCAGGCUAUAAUAGAUACUUUAAUUGUCGUUCUUCCGUGCGCAAUCAUUUAAAAAUCCAUAACAAUACAAUUGGAGACCUUCUCCAAGAAAUUGUUAUAGCAAAAGACAAAGAUAAAACAGAUGGGUUUUUGUUUAAUAAUAGCAAAGAUAUUGAACCAAAAAUAGAAAACAAUAUAAUAGAUGAGAUAACAGAUAGGUUAGAAGAUAACAAAAUGAAUUAUGAAAUAAAUAAAGAUGUUGAAGUAGAUGAAAUAGAAGAGACAAACAGACUAGAAAUUAGUUAUAAUAAAGAAAAAAAUAAUGAAACUAAUGAAAUAGAUGAAGCAAAUAAU